AUGUCGAAUUCUCCCUUCGAUGAUGCUGAUGAUGAUACUGCUAGAAAUAAUAUAAAACAUAAUGGAGAAAAAAGCAAUGAUACAUUAUCUCCUUUUGACGACAAAUUCAAUUUCGAACCUGACUCUGAUCUAAAUUUACGAGAUACUAAACCUAACAAAGAAAUAGAAGAAGACGAACAUUCAAUAAUACCCACUCCUGGCAUCGGAAGUACAAAUAUGUUUGAAGAUAUAAAACUAGAUGAUGAUGAUGAUGACAAUUACACACCCAAUACUACUACUACACAACAAUGGAAUAAGGAACCAAAACGAUUACGAUACGGGACACGAAGAAAAUCAAAAAAAAACCAAUUCGAUGCUCACAGAAAGAAAACAUUGAAAUGGGCUCGAAAAAAUAUACAUAACCCAUUUGAAGACCAUGAUACCACUACACAGCAGCAACUAGAUGAAACUGGGAUACAAAAUAGAUCUCAUGAAGUAAGAUCAGUAUACCAUAAUUUACCACUUCCUGAUGAAUUAUUAGAUGAAGAUGGGAUACCAAUAAUGGAAUAUCCUCGAAAUAAAAUUAGAACUACCAAAUAUACUCCAUUAACUUUCUUCCCCAAGAAUAUAUAUUUACAAUUCAAUAAUUUCGCUAAUAUUUAUUUCUUAAUAUUAUUGAUCUUAGGUGCUUUCCAAAUAUUCGGUGUCACUAAUCCUGGAUUGGCUGCGGUCCCAUUGAUCGUCAUUGUCAUAUUAACUGCGAUCAAAGAUGCCAUUGAAGAUUCAAGAAGAACAAUAUUAGAUAUGGAAGUUAACAAUACAAGGACUCAUAUUUUAACAGGAGUUGAAAAUCUUAAUGUUCCAUACGAUGAUGUUUCAUUAUGGAGAAAAUUUAAAAAGGCAAAUACAAGACUAUUAAUUAGAUUCUUCCAAUUUCUUAAUGAAAGAUUUACUGCUACUGGGAAGGAAACGAGAAGAAUUAGACAACUGAAAAGACAGGGGGCUAAAAAAUUUAGUAGGAGUAUGGAAAAUGCACCACGUACUUCAUUAGAUUCUUUCCAAAGUGUUAGAAUGUCUGCUGAUUAUAAUAGACCAUCAUUGGAUGAUCCCAGAGUAGAUAAUCUGUUGACAAAUAGUAACAUCAACGGCGUUAUUGAUCACAGUUUACCGAAAAGGACUGAUUGUAAAUUUGCUAAUGAUUAUUGGAAAAAUGUUAAAGUCGGCGAUAUAGUUCGUGUUCAUAAUAAUGAUGAAAUCCCAGCAGAUAUUAUCUUGCUUUCCACUUCAGAUAAUGACGGUGGUUGUUAUGUAGAGACCAAGAAUUUAGAUGGGGAAAGUAAUUUGAAAGUUCGCCAAUCAUUGAAUUGUACCAGUGAUAUUAGAAGUUCAAGAGAUAUUGUAAGAUCAAGAUUUUGGGUAGAAAGUGAAGGACCUCAUGCUAACCUUUAUACUUAUCAAGGUAAUUUGAAAUGGAUCGAUUCUUCAGAUCAAUCAAUGCAUAACGAACCAAUUGGUAUAAAUAACCUUUUACUACGUGGCUGUACUUUAAGAAACACUAAAUGGGCAAUGGGUAUGGUUAUUUUCACAGGUAAUGAUACAAAAACGAUGUUAAAUUCAGGUAUAACACCAACAAAGAAAUCAAGAAUCUCUAGAGAAUUAAAUUUUUCUGUGUUAUUAAACUUUGUAUUACUAUUUUUCUUAUGUUUAAUUGCUGGGAUUGUUAAUGGUGUUUAUUAUAAAAAAUCCCCUAGGUCAAGAGACUUUUUCGAAUUUGGAACUGUUGCGGGAUCACCAGCAUUAAAUGGGUUUGUAUCAUUUUGGGUCGCUGUUAUUCUUUAUCAAUCAUUAGUCCCGAUUUCUUUAUACAUUUCUGUGGAAAUUAUUAAGACAGCUCAAGCCAUUUUCAUUUAUUUGGAUGUUACUUUAUAUAAUGAAAAACUAGAUUAUCCAUGUACACCCAAGUCAUGGAAUAUCUCAGAUGAUUUGGGACAAAUUGAAUAUAUCUUUUCUGAUAAGACAGGAACAUUAACACAAAACGUCAUGGAAUUUAAAAAAUGUACAAUUAAUGGAGUAUCAUAUGGUAGAGCCUAUACAGAAGCAUUAGCUGGAUUAAGGAAAAGGCAAGGUGUUGAUGUUGACACGGAAGCAAGAAUUGAAAAAAAAAGUAUUACUCGUGACAGGGAAGAAAUGAUCGAUAAGUUGAGGGUACUUUCAAAUAAUUCCCAAUUUUAUCCUGAUGAAGUUACAUUUGUCUCUAAGGAAUUUGUAAAUGAUCUACAAGGGAAUAAUGGCGAUGUACAAAUGAAAUGUUGUCAGCACUUUAUGUUGGCAUUAGCGUUAUGUCAUUCUGUUCUUGUUGAAUCAAACAAAACAGAUCCAAACAAAUUAGAAUUGAAAGCACAAUCUCCAGAUGAAGCAGCUCUUGUGACAACAGCGAGAGAUAUGGGUUUCAGUUUUGUUGGUAAAUCUAAGAAAGGAUUACUUGUGGAAAUACAAGGAACUCAAAAAGAAUUUGAAAUAUUGAACGUCUUGGAAUUUAAUUCAUCAAGGAAAAGAAUGAGUUGUAUUGUUAAAAUACCUGGGAAAAAUGAAAUGGAUGAACCAAAGGCAUUAUUAAUUUGUAAAGGUGCAGAUUCCGUCAUAUAUUCGAGACUCGCUCGUAAACAUGGAUUUAAUGAUGAAACUGUGCUCGAAAAAACUGCAUUGCAUUUAGAACAGUAUGCUACAGAGGGGUUAAGAACGUUGUGUAUUGCACAAAGGGAAAUAACUUGGUCCGAAUAUGAAGCAUGGAAUGCUAAAUAUGACAUUGCAGCAGCAUCACUUGCUGAUAGGGAGAAAGAAUUAGAUGACGUUGCUAAUCUCAUUGAACGUGAUAUGAUUUUGUUAGGUGGAACUGCUAUUGAAGAUAGAUUACAAGAUGGUGUUCCAGAUUCUAUUGCUCUCUUGGGAGAGGCCGGUAUUAAAUUAUGGGUUUUGACAGGGGAUAAAGUAGAGACAGCUAUCAAUAUUGGAUUUUCAUGCAAUUUAUUACAUUCAGAUAUGGAAUUACUUGUCAUCAAGACUACUGGUGAGGAUGUCUUGGAAUAUGGUAAAGACCCUUUAGAAAUUGUUAAUAAUCUAAUCUUGAAAUAUCUUGAUGAGAAAUUUGCUAUGGAAGGCUCCGAGAAGGAAUUGCAAGAUGCUAAAAAUGAUCACAGACCACCUCAGGGAGAAUUUGCAGUUAUUAUCGAUGGUGAUGCCUUAAAAUUGGCCUUAAAGGGUGAUGAAAUGAAGAGAAGAUUCUUAUUAUUAUGUAAGAAUUGUAAAGCAGUUUUAUGUUGUAGAGUGUCACCAUCACAAAAGGCAGCGGUUGUUAAAUUAGUUAAAGAUACAUUAGAUGUUAUGACAUUAGCUAUUGGUGAUGGGUCUAAUGAUGUCGCUAUGAUUCAAUCUGCAGACAUUGGUGUUGGUAUUGCUGGUGAAGAAGGCCGUCAAGCGGUGAUGUGUUCGGAUUUUGCCAUUGGUCAAUUUAGGUAUGUAACGAAAUUGGUUUUAGUUCAUGGUAAAUGGUGUUAUAAACGGAUAGCUGAAAUGAUCCCACAGUUUUUUUACAAGAAUGUUAUUUUUACAUUAGCAUUAUUUUGGUAUGGUGUUCAUAAUGAUUUUGAUGGGUCAUAUCUAUUUGAGUACACAUACUUGAUGUUUUAUAAUUUGGCCUUUACUUCAUUACCUGUUAUUUUCCUUGGUAUAUUCGAUCAGGAUGUCAAUGAAACUAUCUCGAUGGUUGUUCCUCAAUUAUAUCGAUCAGGAAUUUUAAGGAAAGAAUGGAAUCAAUAUAAAUUUCUAUGGUACAUGUUUGACGGAGUCUAUCAAUCAGUGAUAUGUUAUUUUUUCCCCUAUUUGAUUUACUAUAAGACAGACAUUGUUACUUCGAAUGGGUUAGGAUUAGAUCACCGUUAUUACGUUGGUAUUAUUGUCACCGGGAUUGCGGUUACAUCAUGUAACUUUUAUUUGUUAAUGGAACAAUACAGAUGGGAUUGGUUCACUACGUUCUUCGCAUCUUUAUCUACUAUAGUAUAUUUCGGUUGGACAGGUAUAUGGACUAGUUCUAUUGCCAGUUAUGAAUUCUGGAAAGGCGCUUCUCGCAUGUAUGGUAGUCCAUCAUUUUGGGCUGUGUAUUUUGUUGGUUUCUUAUUUUGUAUUUUUCCCAGAUUUACAUUUGAUUGUUUUAGGAAAUAUUUAUAUCCGACAGAUGUUGAUGUUAUUCGAGAAAUGUGGAAACGUGGAGAUUUCAAUGAAUAUCCAGAUAGAUACGAUCCUACCGAUCCACAGAGAGUCAAGAUUACCAAUCCAUGGAAUUCUAGAAAUCAAAUAUCCGAUACUUUUUUGGAUGGAUCCAUUGUAGGAGGCUCUAAUACUUCUGAAGGCACAGUUAUUACAGAAGAGAUCCCAAUGAGUUUCUUAGAUAUUAACAAAGGCGAUGACGUGGACAAGAAAACUAGUAGUAGUAGACAGUUGACUAAGGAAUCACCCGGUAGUUUUGAGUCUCUAACUAAUAGUGAUAGCGGCAACGCUAUCAGUGGUGGUGUUAAUAGAGACAGUGUACAUCUCAGAAGGUCCAUGGGAUCCAGAUUAAAAACAUCAUUAGAGCGUACAAGGGAUGAAAUGUUAUCAUCUAAUGAGUUAGAUACGAGAUUCUCAGUCGAUCGUGCUCGUGUUUCGUUAGAUUUACCAGCAUUGACGCAUGCAGAAGCACUGAUCAAAGCCAGACAAGAUAAGCCCUGA